UGUAUUCUUAUCAAGCCCCGCCCCUUAUUCAACAAAAAGCUACUUCCACAUUGUUCCAUCACCAGAACUGCGGAUCAUCCCACAGACAGCAGAAAACAAUCCUCCAACGCAGCAUUUAAACUUCACAGCAUCGAAAUGGAGCGAGGCCUGAGCCUGCUGAUUGCCGCAGUGAUGCUUUUUGUGGCUCCGAGUGUCCAAGCAGCAGACGAUUUCUCCUUCACUAAUGCAGCGGUAAACAUUACAAAUACAGGUUGUGGGAAGACUAAGCUGUGCAUACAGACCCCAGACAACUGUGACCCUGCUGGGAACAGCAGCUGUUUCUUUGCAUCAGUGGCUGCAGGCAACACUACAGCUCCUAACGGCACCGAGCUGAUGUUCCAGCUCAGUGGGAACUCCACUGGGUACAUCGCACUGGGGCUCACCGCCAAUGCAACCCAGGGUACCACUGCGCUUUACAUCUGUGCUCAGAACAGCUCUAACAAUCCAUCAUUCGUCUUCGCGGCUCGGCAGAGAAACAACACCGACAACACACUCUCUACAUUUAAUGCGACUGUGACAAAGAUACGAGGCCAGGUAGUCAAUGGAACGAUCCAGUGUGAGUUCAGUGUCCCCAAUUUGAAUGCCACCAACACCAGGAGUGCUGAUUCUACCACUUAUGUUGUCAUCCUUGGGUCUGGACCAUUGAAUGGAAACGAUUUUGGGACCUUUACAACUAACAAAAUCACCGGUUCUCUGAACCUCGCCAACCCAAGCGCCAAUGUUGCAAACCCCACCGCAUCACCUACUACUACAAAAAAUUCGGCCAGUGCAGCAGACAGUUUCUCCUUUGCCACUAAUGCAACGGUAAACAUUACAAAUACAGGUUGUGGGAAGACUAAGCUGUGCAUACAGACCCCAGACAACUGUGACCCUGCUGCGACCAGCAGCUGUUUCUUUGCAUCAGUGGCUGCAGGCAACACUACAGCUCCUAACGGCACCGAGCUGAUGUUCCAGCUCAGUGGGAACUCCACUGGGUACAUCGCACUGGGGCUCACCGCCAAUGCAACCCAGGGUACCACUGCGCUUUACAUCUGUGCUCAGAACAGUUCUAACAAUGCAUCAUUCGUCUUCGCGGCUCGGCAGAGAAACAACAUCAACAACACACUCUCUACAUUUAAUGCGACUGUGACAAAGAUACGAGGCCAGGUAGUCAAUGGAACGAUCCAGUGUGAGUUCAGUGUCCCCAAUUUGAAUGCCACCAACACCAGGAGCACUGAUUCUACCACUUAUGUUGUCAUCCUUGGGUCUGGACCAUUGAAUGGAAACGAUUUUGGGACCUUUACAGCUAGCAAAACCACCGAUCCUCUGAACCUCGCCAACCCAAGCGCCAAUGUUGCAACAAAAAAUUCGGCCAAUGGCGCUCUUCACAGUCAUGCUUUGACAGUCCUGCUAACUGUCCUCACGCUGUUCGUCCUGAAGACAGCCUGAAAGAGUGCAGAGAGGAAGAACCUGUGACCCGGUGAAGAUGACUGGUUUGCAAAGCCAGAAAAUCUGAGUGUCAAUUUAUGACGUGUUUACUGAACUAAUAGUGAAAUGUUUUAUGUUCCCUUUGCACUUUUUGUAUCUAUUGAAUUUGAAGAUGUUAUGUUGUUCAGUUUCAAAGUAAUUGUGUGGAUUUAGACACCAAAUA